CCAUAGCGAAGACUGCUCCUGUGUCCUACAUAACCUUUUUGUCCAUUGGCAGCAGUGUGGGUUUGUACGGUUUGUGCUGCUGGACCAGCUGUGGGCCUCUGCAUCCCUCAGCACUCUGUGGCUGUUUUCCAAGUUACUGAGGAUGUGACAUGCGUUACACUGCAGAAUUGUAUCGCUCCAUGGUCUGCUGUGGAGAGCGCUGCACUUUUCCUUUACGGCAUUCCAUUUAUGCAGCCUGAUUCUCCUUAAAAAAUCUACAUGUUUUCUGGGAAAAUGCACUACACCAGAAGGAAGCGCCUGCAGCUGAGCCGGGUCCUGUUUUUCCUCUCUGGUGUCUUCCUCUGCACCCUUUACCAGCUGACCAUCAGUGCCAGGCUGUAUCAGCCUUUGCCAAUGCCACAGGUUGGAGAGGAGUUUGGAGAGGGCUCAACAGAGGGGGUGGAGGAGGUUACCGCAGACACUCUGGGACUGGACGAACCCCUCACUGCAACACAAGAACUAGAACUCACAGAUCAAACAACACCAGCGAUGCAUGCAGUGCACCAUGUCAAUACAACAUUGGUUUUUAGUGGAUCUCCACCCACUCAGUCGCCACCAGCGCAAACUACAAACCGGACUCUUGUGCGGUGCAUCUAUGUGGGCCCUGUACCCCCACAGGAGACACCUACACCAGUACCUGCUCCUCCGGUAGUGACCACCACUCCAGCUUCUCCUGGUGAGGCUCCACAUAUGAAAGGCGAAUACCCUGAAGACAUUUUCUCAGUCGAAGACCGCAGAAGAGGAUGGGUGAUCCUCCACGUAACUGGGAUGAUGUACAUGUUUGUAGCUCUUGCAAUUGUUUGCGAUGAGUUCUUUGUUCCUGCACUUGGGGUAAUCACACACAAAUUGGCCAUCUCUGAUGACGUGGCAGGAGCCACUUUCAUGGCAGCUGGAGGUUCUGCCCCUGAACUUUUCACCUCUUUGAUUGGGGUCUUCAUUGCCCACAGUAAUGUGGGUAUUGGCACUAUUGUCGGUUCAGCUGUGUUCAACAUUUUGUUCGUGAUUGGAAUGUGUGCGCUGUUUUCUCGGGAGAUGCUUCACCUGACUUGGUGGCCACUUUUCAGAGACGUGUCCUUCUAUAUUAUUGACCUCAUCUUACUCAUCAUCUUCUUCUUGGAUAAUGUUAUAAUGUGGUGGGAGAGCAUGAUGCUGGUGGGCGGUUACAUGCUCUAUGUGAUUUUUAUGAAAUUCAAUGUGCAAAUUGAGAAAGUCUUCAAAACCCAAAUCCAGAAACACAGCAAUAUUGUCAAUAUUAUUGCUGUUGUGGAACCUGAAAAGGCAAAUGGGGAUGGUGAAGAAAGUGCCCCUCCUGCUCCAGAGGACAAGAACCUCUUAAAGCUGAAGCCGUCUCUGCAGCGAGGGGGAAGCUCAGCAUCUUUACAUAACAGCACCAUGAGAAACACCAUCUUCCAACUUAUGAUCCACACGUUAGACCCUAUAGGAGACGGAAAAUUUAAGGAAAAGGCUGAGACGCUGAAUAAUGUAGCAAGUCGGAAAACAGAAGUCAGACCUCAGGAAACAACUGAAGAUGGUGGAGGAAAGUCUGAAAAGGCCAAAGAGUCAGUGGUUGCCCCAGAAACUGAAAAAGAGAAGACGGAUCAGCCAGAAGGAAAGAAGGAUAAUGUUCCAGCAGGAGGCAAUGGCUCAGGAAGCUCAGAGGACUCUGAAGAAGACGACAGUGAUGAAGACAGCGAUGAAUCCAGUGAAGACGAUGACGAGGAAGAUGAUGAAAAAGAUGAUGACAAAGAUAAAGAAGAUGAGCCGCUGUCUUUGGAGUGGCCUGAUGCACGACGUAAACAAGCCACCUACCUCUUCCUGUUGCCCAUUGUCUUCCCCGUGUGGCUUACAGUUCCUGAUGUUCGCAACCAGAAAUCCAGAAAAUUCUUUGUGAUCACUUUUCUGGGCUCAAUUGUAUGGAUUGCUGUCUUCUCCUACCUCAUGGUGUGGUGGGCCCAUCAGGUGGGCGAGACUAUUGGAAUCUCAGAGGAGAUUAUGGGACUGACCAUUCUGGCUGCUGGAACCUCUAUCCCUGACCUUAUCACCAGUGUGAUUGUGGCUCGUAAAGGCCUGGGAGACAUGGCCGUGUCCAGCUCUGUGGGAAGCAACAUCUUCGACAUCACAAUGGGUCUUCCAGUCCCGUGGCUGAUGUACUCAGCCAGCCACGGUUUCUCUCCAGUGGCCGUCAGCAGCAACGGCCUCUUCUGUGCCAUUGUGCUGCUUUUCCUGAUGCUCCUCUUCGUCAUCAUCUCCAUUGCAUCCUGUAAGUGGAAGAUGAACAAGGUCCUGGGCUUCACCAUGUUCCUGCUCUACUUUAUCUUCUUGGUGCUGAGCGUGAUGCUGGAGGAUCGCAUCAUUAUCUGCCCCGUGUCCAUCUGAAAGUGUGACCAGACACCCUGUUUACACCUGUGCAUUAGUGACUUGAAGCAGAAAGUGCACAUGAACAGACCUCACAAGCACGGGCCUGGAUAUUCCCUGGGAUUAGCAGGAUAAGCAUAGGAUUAAUGAAGUCAGUGAAUGAGUGAGGGAGUGGGUCUGCAAAAUUCCCCCCCAAAAAAACAACAAAACAAAAAACUACUGAGGCACAGUAAACCUGCUAUUCUGGGCCAUGUUGGCAUCAUUUAACAUGCAAAAUAAAAUUAGGACAGACCUACCACAUCCUAGAGGCCACUGGAGGCUACUGUUGCUUGUUUGAAGAGGCGACUGCACAAAGCUUCGGUAGUUGCACUGCAUUGCUGACAGAGACGUUUGUCAGUUCUGUCAGCAGCCAGCAACACACCAACUGCAGCUCCUUGUCAUUCAUAAUGAUGAUGACAACUUUUAAAUCAAUGUUUGCAUUACAGCAGGAGAUACUACAGCGGCUGAGAGAGGCCAUAACACUUCCAAAUUAAGACAACUCAAGUAAAUCCUGGAAAUAUGUACUUGCAAAUACAAAGAAUGCAUCAAUUCAACAACAGGUAAUUGCAUGAAAAGACAUCUUACAAAUUGCAAAAAUGCUUGAA